CUCAAAACUCAAAAGUCAUAGGUUGUGGCCUGCGGAUUGCUGGAGUCGUCCGUCGUUCCCACUUUAAAUCCCGCAAUCGAACGCCACAAUUUCAAAAUAUAUCGAAAUCUCCAAUUCAGUUAUCGCCGCCGGAGAGAGAAGAGAUGACGUUGAAACUGUAUGUUGAUCGUAUGUCCCAGCCUUCUCGUGCUCUUCUCAUUUUCUGCAAGGCAAAUGGGAUAGAGUUUGAAGAAGUCCAAAUAGAGCUCUCUAAAGCCCAGCAUCGAACUCCCGAAUUCGGAGAAAUUAACCCCAUGAAACAAGUGCCUGCGAUGGUGGAUGGAGACUUCACGCUGUUUGAAAGUCAUGCAAUUCUCAAAUAUCUUGCUUGUGCAAAUAAUGUUGCUGAUCAUUGGUACCCAGCUGAUCUACGCGAAAGAGCAAUGGUAGACUCGGUGUUAGACUGGCACCACUCUAACUUACGCCGUGGCUCAGUUGGGUAUCUUUUGAAUGGUACAUUUGCACCUGCAUUAGGCUUGCCUUUAAACUCACAAGCAGCAGCUGAAGGCGAGAAACUGCUGUCUGCUUCCCUUAACAAGAUUGACUCCUUCUGGCUCCAGGGAAAUGGAAAAUUUCUACUCGGAAAUACCCAACCUUCCAUUGCAGACCUUAGCUUAAUUUGUGAAAUAACAGAACUACAGGUUGUGGAUGAGAAGGAUCAUGACAGAAUACUAAGCCCAUUCAAGAAAGUUGUGAAAUGGAUUGAAGAUGUGAAGGAAGCAACUGCUCCACAUUUUGAUGAAGUGCACACCACACUUUAUAAUGUCAAAGAGAUGAUGAAGCAGCAACGAUCUGAGAAGUGAAGUAAGCAAAUUAAACAACAUUUGGAUAUGUAGCUUGCUCGUUAAAGUACUUAAACCCUGAUUGUCCCCAUUCCUCAGGAAUAUAAUGCAAGCAAGCCUUGUUCCUUAAGUAAUAAAUCCACAUGCAUUUGAGACAGUGAUGUGAGAUGCUUAAUCUUAUCAAUAUAAUUCAUGUGUGCUAUUUUUCUGUUGUAUAAGUAAACAUGAUGUCCAUGUUUUUUA